AUGGCGGCCGGGCAGGGAGGCGGCGGCGGGCUCGGGCUCCCCGCUCACCUCACCCUGUCCUACCCCACCGGGCCCUACUGGGGCGCGGCCCCGCUGCCCCAGCCCCACACGGGGCGCAGCCUGGACCGGGCCCUGGAGGAGGCGGCCAGCUCGGGCAUCCUCUGCCUCAGCGGCAGGAAGCUCCGCGACUUCCCCGGCGGCGGCUACGACCUGAGCGACACCACGCAAGCAGAUCUUUCAAAGAACAGAUUUACUGAAAUUCCUCCAGAUGUCUGGCUGUUUGCACCACUUGAGACUUUAAAUUUGUAUCACAACUGCAUCAAAUCCAUUCCUGAAACCAUCAAAAAUCUGCAGAUGUUAACAUAUCUUAAUAUUAGUCGAAAUCUUUUAGCAACAUUGCCAAAAUACCUGUUUGACCUGCCACUUAAAGUUUUGGUUGUCAGUAAUAAUAAGCUGGUAUCCCUUCCAGAAGAAAUUGGAAAGUUAAGAGACCUGAUGGAGUUGGAUAUCAGCUGCAAUGAGAUUCAGGUCCUUCCCCAGCAAAUAGGAAAACUCCAGUCACUUAGAGAAUUAAACAUUAGAAGAAAUAAUCUCCAGGUGUUGCCAGAUGAAUUGGGAGACCUUCCCUUGGUAAAGCUGGAUUUUUCUUGUAAUAAAAUUACAGAGAUCCCAAUUUGUUACAGGAAAUUACGUCAUUUACAAGUAAUAAUUUUAGAUAACAAUCCAAUGCAGAUACCACCGGCACAGAUAUGUUUAAAGGGCAAAGUUCACAUAUUUAAAUUCCUCAGUAUUCAAGAAUGCCUCAGAAUAGAUAAAAAACCAGAUUCCUUAGAUCUUCCAUCACUGGGUAAAAGAAUCCCAUCCCAGCCACUCACAGACAGUAUGGAAGACUUUUAUCCCAAUAAAAAUCAUGGUCCUGACUCUGGCAUUGGCAGUGAUAAUGGGGAUAAAAGAUUGUCUACAACUGAACCAUCUGAUGAUGACACAAUCAGCCUUCACUCUCAGGUAUCAGAAUCGACGAGGGAACAGAUGUUAAGGAAUGACAAUCAUUUAAUAGGAAGUAAAUUUGACUCACAUAAAGACCAGGAGGUGUAUGAUUACAUUGACCCUAACACAGAAGAUGCAGCUAUUCCUGAACAAGGAGAUGUACAAAUGGGACCGUUUGUCUCUUAUGUUAAGGAACGAGGAAAACCCCCUGAGAAAUCGCAGCAAAUAGAAGGGAAUGAUGAGUGGGGAGAUGAAAAAAGGCUUCAGAGAGAGCCGCUCGUGGCAGAGGAAGAUGAUGAAUUGAAAGAAGUGACUGACUUGAGAAGAAUAGCAGCUCAGCUACUGCAACAAGAGCAGAAAAACAGACGGAGACCAUUAACCUAUAGAACUUCAUUCAGUGAAAAACUCUUCCAGAGGACGAGGGCUGCAGGACGUGCAUCCAGGCUUCUUAAUCAUUCGACCUCAGUAAGCACAAGAAACAGGCCAAAGCAGACCGUGGAAUCUGAAAAAAGUGUCUCAACAGAUGAAACAAAUUCUCCAGUGUCUCCUUACAGAUGGCAGCCACUAGAAAACCAAAAGGAUCUGACAGAUGAGCAGCACUGGCCAGAAACACAGCCUGUUAUCUGGCAGAAUGAAGAGAGGAGGAGGAGCAAACAAGUUAGAAAGGAAUAUUUCAAGUACAAGACUUCCAGAAAGAGUUCAAGUGGAAAUGAAAAUGAUGAGCAAGACAGUGAUAAUACUAAUGUGUCCCCACAGUCUCCUGUAUCAUCUGAGGAUUAUGAAAGGACAGACAGUAACUCUCAUGGUCCAUUUGGUCUCAAACCUAGGUCAGCUUUCAGCCGUUCCUCUCGCCAGGACUCUGGAGUUGUGGACCCUGGAUUUACAAUGAGGAGGAAAAUGGAGCAUUUAAGGGAAGAAAGGGAACAAAUAAGACAUCUUCGCAAUAAUCUUGAAUCGAGGUUAAAAGUCAUUUUGCCAGAUGACAUUGGAGCAGCAUUGAUGGAUGGGGUUGUUCUUUGCCAUUUAGCCAAUCACAUAAGGCCACGUUCUGUUGCAAGUAUUCAUGUACCAUCACCAGCAGUGCCUAAACUCAGUAUGGCAAAGUGCAGAAGAAAUGUUGAAAACUUUCUUGAUGCUUGUAAAAAAUUGGGCGUGCCACAGGAAAGGCUUUGCCUGCCUCAUCACAUUUUGGAGGAAAGGGGUCUAGUGAAAGUUGGUCUUACAGUUCAGGCUCUGCUUGAACUACCUUCAUCUAAAGCAUCCCAGCUUUCCUCUGUGUAA